AGUAAAAACUCUGAACCAAUGAGAACCAAGCAUGAUACGUAAGAUGUCCUAAAAUAAAACUUGGUUCGUGUUGUUUUUCUUGACAGUUUAGUUCCUUGUGAGUCUACAACUGCGAGCAUUUAGAACUCGGAGUGACUUGGUAAACGUUCAACGGUCGUGGACAAACUUUUCAUAGCCUAAAAAGUGCGACAACAUGACUGCGGAGAUGCAGAGCCCGUUCCUGUCCGGUGGGCCCCGCCGGGACCGUCUCCCCGUGUUGGUCGGGCCGCUGGUCGGCGUCCUGGCCGCCCUGGUGUGCGGGAUCAGCGUGCUGACGGGGGUGGUGGUGGUGCACAACAUGCAGCAGGAGCUGACAGGUGUGAAGCGGGAGUUAUCAGUCCUGCAGACCGAGAACACCGGACUGAGGGAGCGGCUGGUGGCGGUGGAGAACCUCCUGGAUGGCGCCCUCGCUGGGCACGACCGGCCGCGAACUGUUGACGAGCCGGAGGCUAUAGUUCCCCCCGCCAUUAAAAGAACAGAAUGUUUACAACAGGAAGGUGGAGGUUUGGGUGCGGAGGUCGUCAGUACGAGUCAGAAUGACGCGGUGCGAGUCAAGAGACAAGCAAUCAGCUCUUCCGGGCUGUUCGACCGUUGCGCUCAAGGUCCCCCUGGGCGAGACGGACGGGAUGGGCCAGCCGGACAGCCUGGACGGGACGGACAGCCCGGGACGUGGGGACAACCCGGGACGGAUGGGCAACCCGGGACAGCGGGGCAACCCGGGACGGACGGUCACCCCGGGACGGACGGACAGCCCGGGCGGGACGGACAGGAUGGCAUUCAAGGUGUGGCUGGACCAGCGGGACCUGUCGGCUUACAGGGUCCAGCCGGGGACAAGGGAGACACAGGACCACCGGGAAGAGACGGGGCGCCAGGCGCAGGAGGAAGUGUGUACAUCCGAUGGGGGAGGAAGACUUGCGCUGAUAACGGCGGAGCAGAGUUGGUGUACUCGGGUGUUGCGGGAGGCACACAUUACACUCAGCCAGGCGGCGGGACCAACUACCAGUGUCUGCCGACCGACCCACAGUGGGGACUGUACCAAGAUGGAGUCCACGAGAGCAGGGCUUACAUGUACGGCGCUGAGUACGAGUUGACCACAAACGUCCCGUUCGGCUCCACCUCCCUUCACGAUAACGACGUCCCGUGUGCGGUCUGCUAUGUCCCAACCCGCGGCAGUAAGUUAAUGAUCCCCGCCCGUAACACCUGUUAUAGCGGCUGGACCCGCGAGUACCAUGGUUACCUCAUGGCUGAACACCACAACCACGCCGGGUCUACAGAGUACGUCUGUGUGGAUGAACAGCCUGAGUCCCUACCUGGCGGACACGCCAACCAUGACGGAGCGCUGUUCUACCCCGUGGAAGCCCGCUGUGGGUCCCUCCCUUGUCCCCGCUACGUGGAAGGGAGGGAACUCACCUGUGUCGUCUGCACAAAGUAGACCAUUAGUGACACAUCCAUUCUGUUAUCACUUUUCUUCUUUAAUGAUUUGGCUACAAGCACACAAGCGUGUGUAACCGCAAUGUAAUAUUCUUUGAAGUUAUGCAGAUAUCAGAAAGCUUAGAACUUUUUUUGUGAUUUCUUAUGAUUUGACUACACUUGCCUCAUAAGUUAAGUAUAACUAGAAAGGCCAAUAUUUGCUUUGGAGCAAAUACAGCGAUGGGUUCACCACAUACGUACAUUUUACGACAUGGCAGGGAA